AUGCAUCCACAUGAAGUUUGUGUCAGGCAGUGAAGAGAUACACCCGGAGGGAAAAUAAAAGAGUGGCAGAUAAACUGUGAGCACAUUCAAGAGCCACACAGGGAAAGCUUUGAGAUAAAAGAGCCAUCUAGAGGAUGAAGUGUGUUGCUGCUGUUGUGUUGCUGAGUCUCUUGUCAUUGGGACAAUCAGCUCCUCUGAGCGGCUGUGACAGUCUGGUAAAACCAAUAACUAUCAGCAAUGAAGACAUGUUGGGUAGGUGGCUGUACAUCGGGGGGAGCUCUGACCUCCCAGGAAGCCGUUCCCUGGGACACCUGCUGACUAGCGCCUGGCUGGACCUCACUGCAACCACACAGAGUAACAAACUGAAUGUCAUCCAGACUCAGAGAAUAUAUGGCGAUUGUUCAAGCUUAGCAUACAGCGUGACUUUUGAAAAUAGCACAAUGUUAAUUGAGGAACCUUUCUACCUCAAAGAAGUCUACCUGCCAACUGACUGCUCAGACUGCCUGGUUGUUCAUGAAGAAAUAAUCUCUAGCAAGCAUACUUUUACCAGUCUUCUGCUUUUUAGUAAGAGACAGAGUGUCUCACCUGAUGUUCUGGAGAUGUUGAAGCGACAAGCAGAGUGUCUGCGAAUGCCGUCGCCAAUAAUGAUCGACACAAACUAUGAAAUCUGCCCUGACAACAUCCCAACCUCAGAUGGGCUCAGUGCGCUCAACAAAUUAUUAGAGGCCAAGAUGGGACAUCGAGUUGCAAGACUCCUGGAUACUUUUUUUGACAUGUUUGUGAACUGAUUUAUUAUUAGUUUUGAUUUUGUGCCACAAGUCAUUUUGUUUGAAAAAGCAUGGAUUUUUUUCUGCUAUAAAUAAGUAAUUAAGAAAAUGUAGAAACUGCCAUGUUUUCUUGUACCUAUUGGCAGCAGUAGUAAUAUCAUUAUUAAUAUUUUGUUUUGUUUGAUAUCGCACAUUCUGAAAUCUAAAAGAUAUUCUUAAAAACAAGA